AUGCGGGGGUGUCUGGGUUCCCCACUGGCCGUGUUGCUGCUGGCGCUACCCCUGCUGGAGGGGUCCAGCCGUAUCCUGGGAGGGCAGGAUGCCCAGGAGAGUCAAUGGCCCUGGCCUGUCAGCGUGCAAGUAAAUGGCAGCCACGUCUGUGGAGGAUCCCUGGUCUCAGCCCAGUGGGUGGUGUCAGCUGCUCACUGCUUCGAUCUCUCUGUGCCCUAUUCCCAGUACCGUCUGGUGCUGGGGGCGCACCAGCUCCUCAACCGCUCCCCGAAUCAGGUCCUGGCCGAGGUGCAGAAGAUCAUCCCCCACCCCAGUUACAAUAGCAAGAGCUCCGUUGCUGACAUCGCCUUGGUGAGGCUGAAGGAGCCGGUGGCAACCACGAAGUUCAUCUGGCCCAUCUCACUGCCUGGGGCCUCCCGUCAGUUCCCCGUGGGGAAGAUGUGUUCGGUCACCGGUUGGGGUGACGUUGGAGCGCACA